AUGGACUUCUCCCACCAGUAUUUUUCCCAGGCGCAGCCUUACCAAUUCAUGGGCAUCCCGCCUCUGACGCCGUCCCAUUCAAACUCCGCGGGUUCAGACGACUUUAACACCACAUCUCCACCGCGUACUGCGACAUGCACUUACACAAUCAUGACCGAGCAGGAUGUUUACACCGAAUACCCCAACGACCAACACUUCGGCACCUUUGAUAACUAUGCUGCUGCCCAGUUUAAUCCUCAGCAUGCUUCUUUCCCCGGUCCUCCCGGCCCUCCCACGCCUCCCAACCAUGGCCUUCCGGUCCAACAGCCACAACCGCCUCAGCAGCAGCCGCAACACAAUGGCAUGAGCGCACCUCCCAUUCAGCAGAUCAAGCCCCAGCCCGAUGUCGUCGUUCACAAGCAGGAGCCGCUUGACGACCACUCCCGUCGAGGCGGCUCGAAUUCGGACGAUGAGGACAUGACACCAGCUCAGUCCAGGAGGAAGGCCCAGAACCGCGCUGCUCAACGGGCCUUUCGCGAGCGCAAAGAGAAACACGUCAAGGAUCUCGAAGCGAAGUUGGCCAAUCUCGAGGCAGAAGCCCAGCAGAAGUCGACCGAAAACGAGAGACUGAAGCGCGAGAUGCAGAAGAUGAGCACCGAGAACGAGAUCUUGCGCGCUACAUCGUCAAUGAAUGGCCACCACAGCUCGUCGUCGCCAGAGCCUCGAAUGACCGGGCCGAUGCACUACAACCCCAAGGAUUUCUACUCCGAUCUGCUGGCGAAACACAACAACAAGACCCCGAGCCACCGAGUCGCGAUAUCUUCAGAAGGGGAGCGCCUACUAGCUGCCGGCGCAACAUGGGAUUUCAUCAUCAACCACCCGCUAUUCAAGCGAGGACUGGUUGAUGUCGGCGACGUAAGCGAGCGACUCAAGCACCAGGCAAGGUGCGACGGCCAAGGGCCAGUGUUCUCAGAACGCGCCAUCUUGGAAGCUAUCGAGGGCAGCGUCGCCAGCGGCAGCGACGAGCUGCUAUAG